UGACUCUCCAUUAACAUACAUACAAAUACAAAUCUUUAGAUGUAAACAAGUGAUUGCUUUGCUCGGUCACAUGUUUAAGAGAGAGUAUGUGAGAGAGAAAGUAGCGGAGUAAUUUAAGGGUUAAAUGAAUGAGAACCCACCCGCCUUCCCUUCUUUCUCUCGCUAUUGACUCUGCUCUUCUUCAUAUCUCUUCCUAUUCUGAUCUCUCUUUCUUGCCUGAACACAUUCUUCGAGACCUUUUCCUGAGGACCUUGAGAGCUGGGAAGCUAAAUGAAAAGAUUUUGAAGCUGUUUAUUGCAACUGGAAAAGAAGAAAUCCUUUCACUGAUUGACGCAUUUAACAUCCAAUGUGUUCUUACUCCUGUGCUUCCUACCAUCAGCGUCAGAGAUGAUGAGGUAGAUAUUGUGAUAGCGGCAAUUGAACCAGAUCUUACUUCAUUUCUGGAAGAAUGGAGAGCAGUAUUCUCCCGAUUUCACCUGAUAAUUAUCAAAGAUCCUGACCUCAAGGGAGACCUUAAAAUUCCAGGUGGAUUUAAUUAUGAUACCUAUACCAAAGCUGAUAUUCAACAAAUUAUUGGACCUUCAAAUGCUGUAACUUUCUCUGGUUACUCGUGCCGAUAUUUUGGCUAUCUCUUGUCAAAGAAGAAGUAUAUCAUCUCAAUAGAUGAUGACUGCAUUCCAGCUAAGGAUAAUGAGGGUAUCCAAGUCGAUGCCAUCGCACAACAUAUCAAUAACCUCUCAACUCCUGCCACGCCAUUUUUCUUUAAUACCCUCUAUGAUCCUUUCUGUAAAGGAGCUGAUUUUGUUCGUGGCUAUCCAUUUAGCUUGCGAAGUGGUGUCUCCUGUGCUCUGUCAUGUGGACUGUGGCUUAAUUUGGCAGAUCUUGAUGCACCUACACAAGCCCUCAAGCCGGAGCUGAGGAACACUCGAUAUGUUGAUGCUGUCCUCACUGUACCAGUUAGGGCCAUGAUGCCUCUGAGUGGAAUCAAUAUAGCAUUUGAUCGUGAGUUGGUGGGACCUGCUUUGCUGCCAUCUUUCAGGUUAGCAAAAGAAGGAAAGUUCAGGUGGGAAACUGUGGAGGAUGUAUGGACCGGAAUGUGUGUUAAGGUAGUAUGUGAUCACUUAGGAUAUGGUGUGAAAACUGGACUUCCCUACGUGUGGAGGAAAGAAAGAGGUGAUGCCAUAGAGAGUUUGAAGAAAGAGUGGGAGGGGGUGAAGCUGAUGGAGGAAGUUGUUCCAUUCUUCCAAUCAAUGAGAUUGACUCCGGCAGCAAAAACAGCAGAAGAUUGUGUGAUUGAGAUUGCAGCAGCUGUGAAGGAGCAGCUGGGACGUAUAGAUCCUGUGUUCACCCGUGCAGCUGAUUCCAUGGUUGAGUGGGUGCAGCUGUGGAAGACUGUCAAAACUCGAAUAUAAUCCAGUCUUGCUUGGGGGGGUGAAGUUCUAUAUUAUUUAUUUUCUUCUAGAUCCUUAAAGGCAUGUACAUUUCAUCCAGGCGGUUCUCUUAAAACUGAUGCAUAAUAUAGACAAGUUUUUAUUUUCAACUGUUACCUAGGGUGACCGAGAUUUGAUAAUAAUGUUUUAGUGUUUUUUCUUGAUUUACAUUCUGGCUUUCUAAAUGCUUGGUUCAUUUUAUGUAAGACAAGACUCAACAGGAAAGGGGAAAUAAAUGGUGUAAUGCUUGCUGUUUCUGUUUCCUUA